GCCGCUGAAUCGAUUGGGUAAAUCAAACACAAAGUUUCCACUUUCUAAAAGUAGGCCUUGAAAUAUAUCAACUGACAGCCAAGAACACCAACACCAUUCAGUUCAUGUCCUGUCGUUGUCGGAACAACAUCUAACACCUUACACUUCCAGCGGGUUCCUUAUUUAAUAUCGUGAACCAUGUGCGGUGGCUGGGCUUGUGCCUCCUACGAUCUGGCAUGCAACAAUCCACCUCUAUCCACGGUCCGUUUUACCGGACGAGACUUUAUACCCACACCCUGUGGUCCUUGUGAUAAGUGUUAUGUCCAUGAUACUAGUCGCAAGAAGAACUCCAACAACUGUUACGUGCCGCACAUCUUAUCCCCGCUGGACGCACAACUCUGUACGAUGAGUGAAAAGGAAAAGGAGGAGAAAGAAAAAUCAGGAUGUCUUAACGCUGGGAAAAGAUUUCGGAAUUGACUAAAGCUAACAUCUGUACACACACGAAAUUGAAAUAAUGGGCUAAUUAAAAUAGGAACUGCUUUAAAA